CUCCGGUUUGAUUGGAGGAAGUAAACAUAUCAACAAAGAAAGAUGGCCGAAGUGAUAGAGCUGCAGAAGCUUAAGCUUGCUGAACUGAGGCAGGAAUGCGAUGCCCGAGGUUUGGAGACCAAGGGAAACAAAGGGGAGCUCAUCGCCCGACUUCAGGCUUAUCUGGAGGAACACGAGGAAGAUGUGGAUGUAGAUGACGUGCUUGCAGAGGAUGCAGUGGACUUCACUAAAGUUGAGAGUUCCAACGACGUAAAAGACGACAAGGAUUCUGAAACGAUCGAGCCUGAGCCGCCUGCAGAGAAGAAGGUGGUGAAAAUAACUCCUCCAUUAUCUGCCAGCGAGAGACUUCAGAAGAGAGCCGAACGUUUCAACCUGCCGGCUUCAUCUGAAAGCAAGAAGGCUAUACGUGCAGCAAGGUUUGGCUUACCUGCUACUUCAAGUCCCUCUCCAGGUGUUGUUGUAAACAGUAAAGCUGCGGUGAACGUUGAUCAGCUGAAGAAGAGGGCAGAAAGAUUUGGCAUGAACGUCUCAUCUAUUUCUCAAAAGAUUGAGGAGGAUGAGAAGCUUAAGAAGAGGAAGGAGCGGUUUGGAGUCCUAACAAGCGCGGGCUCAGUUGGUGCAGACGACAUCGAGGCAAAGAAGAUGAAACGUGCGGAAAGAUUUGGAAAAGUGUAAAUAAAGUGUGAAGUAGGGGUUUUUGGUUUUUUGUUGUUGUUUUUUUAAGGGUUUUUUGUGACUGUACAUCAGAGAUUCCUGAGGAUGAGAACCGGAAUGGGCUUUGUUAAAAUCAAAAGUACAAUUAAAUGCAAAUAAGAAUUACAAAUGGGGCAGCUGUAACAUUUAAAGUAGUUGAAAAGCACAUAUUUGGAUUUUUUUGUAAUGACAGAAUUGAAGGGGUGCAAACAGGAGCUUGUAAACAACGCAGAAGUUUCUCAGUUUUAAGAUUUUUGCUCAUCGUUUCAACUGCAUUACAGUCCAUUUUUCUAAUGUAUAUCAAGCAAAUACAGCAACAAGCAGCUACUUUACAUUAAAAGAUGGUUAAUUACUCGUCAUAUAAUCUUAAGAUAAACUGCUCAGUGAAAUCAAUACAAUCAUUUUACAAAUGAAACCAUCGACGUGGUUGAAAUGUUUUGUUCUGAAGCCGUUGCAUAAAGUUUUCCAUUAGUGAAAGAAAAAAAUUGAUGCUUUUUAUAUAAACAUGUUUUUGUAGACUGUUCCAGUUAUGAUGAAACCUGUUUUGGAAGUGAUAACCGAUUGAAACAUCUAGUAGUUUACAGUAGAAAUAGGAAAAGGAAGAUUACUGACUGUAAUUUGUUCUCACUGUGUGUUUAACUGUACUUUUGAUUGAUCAGAUAGUCUGAUUGUUUUUUUGGAGGGGGACGGGGGCAUCACUGAUACACUGCUUCAGUUAUCUGUCCAUUUUAUAACAUUUUGUGAUUUAAAAUAAAUUGUUUUCAAUUUUUUGA